ACUCCCACAACACGCCGCCUUCCUUGUACCCGCCGCCGCCGCCGACCACCACCACCACCAAGGCCCGGCUUGCUGCGCGAAGGGAGACAUGGCGCUCUACCGCCGUCUCCUGCUGCUCCACCGCCUGUCCCACCUCCACCCCUCGCCCUUCCCCGCCCCCGCGAUCGGCUCCUCACCGCCGCCCACCCUUGCGGGACUCCUCACCCCCAUGGGCCGCCGCCACUUCGCCUUCUCCUCCGCUGAGGAGGCCGCCGCCGAGCGCCGCCGCCGGAAGCGCCGCCUCCGCAUCGAGCCGCCGAUGAACGUCCUCCGUCGCGGGCCGCCUCCCCCACGGGACCCCAACGCGCCCCGCCUCCCCGACACCACCUCCGCGCUCGUCGGCCCGCGCCUCAGCCUCCACAACCGCGUCCAGUCCCUCAUCCGCUCGGGGGAUCUCGACGGCGCGUCCGUCGCCGCCCGCGCCGCCGUCACCUCCCGCGUCCGGCCCACCGUCUUCACGUGCUGCGCCGUCGCCGCGGCCAUGGUCCGCGCCGGCCGCCACGACGACGCCGUCGCCCUCUUCGAAUUCUUCUUCCGCCGCUCCAACAUCGUCCCCAACAUCGUCUCCUACAACACCCUCAUCCUCGCCCACGUCGAGGCCGCCCGCGUCGACGACGCGAUGCAGGUGUACCGCGACAUGCUCGCGUCCGCACCCUUUUCCCCCUCCGCCGUCACCUACCGCCACCUCACCAAGGGCCUUGUCACUGCCAGCCGCAUCCGCGAGGCCAUGGACCUCCUUCGCGAGAUGCUCAACCGCGGCGGUGGUGCUGACUCGCUCGUCUACAACAACCUCAUCGCUGGCUACAUCGACCUCGACGACUGGGGCAGAGCCUUCGAGCUCUUCAACGAGCUCACCGAGAGGUGCGUUGUCUACGACGGCGUCGUCCACACCACCUUCAUGGAGGGCUACUGGAAGCAGGGCAAGGACAAGGAGGCCAUGGACAACUACCAGUCCCUCCUCGCACGGGGCUUCAAGAUGACGCCAGCCACCUGCAACGUCCUGCUCGAGACACUCUUCAAGCAUGGCAAGGACAAGGAGGCCAACGACCUGUGGGAGACCAUGAUGGACAACCACACACCACCAAACUUCAUCGGCAUCAACGCCGAGUCCUACAAUGUCAUGGUCAACCAGUGCUUCAAGGAGGGCAAGUUCCAGCAGGCAAUUGAGGUAUUUCACCGCCAGCCCAGGAAGAAUGUCCAGAUGGACGUUGGUUGCUUCAACAACAUCAUUGGUAAGCUCUGUGAGAACGGGAUGCUUGCUGAGGCAGAGAAGCUCUUUGAAGAGAUGGAGACCAAGUCGGUCCUUCCAGAUGUGUACACCUACACUUACCUUGUCGACUCGUGCUUCAAGGAAGGCCGUGUGGAAGAUACAAUGCAGUAUUUCUACAAAAUGGCAGAUGGGAGGGAGCACGGGCCAAAGUUCAAUAUUGGUUUCUUCAACCGUAUGUUUGAAGGGCUUACGGAUGCUGGUCGGAUUGAUGAUGCCUUGAAGGUGUAUGGGAGGAUGCCUGACAAGGAGAUCAAACCAAACGCAGCAACCUUUGAAAUCCUUGUCAAAGCCUUAUGCAAGGAAGGGGACUUGGACCGAGCACGGGACCUAGUGAUGGACAUGUCAAGGGGUGGUGUUGUGCCUCCUCAAGAGUUCCGUGAGUCUGUUGUUGACAUUUUCAAGAAGUCCGAUCGCCAGGAAGAAAUCGAGAAAGCUUUUGAAGAAAAGCCUUUGCCAACACCUCAUCCAAGGACAGAGUAUCAGCCGAGAACAGAGAAUCACCCUCGCAAUGCAAUUGGUGUUGCUCAAGGGAAACAACCUGGCUUUAGCUCAGCUCCACCAGUGCAACCUGGAUUUGGUUACUCUCAGCCGCAACAGCCAGCAUUUAAAGACAUUCAAAAUCAGCAGCCUGAGUUUGACUCAUCUCAGCAAUGGCAUUCAGGUUUUGGUGCUCCUCAAGCGCUGCACCCAGGAUCUGGUGCACCUUGGCCUGUACAGUCUGUAGUUGGUUCCCCUCAGCCUCCACGGCCACAGUUUGGUGCUUCUCAGGGUGUACCAGGGUAUAGCAACCAUCAAUCACAAGCGGGGUAUGGUUCCCAGCUGCCUCAGUCAGGAUAUGGCUCUGCGCCUCACCAAGAACAAGUAGGAUUUGGAAAUCAAGUACCACCUGCACCGCCUGCAUACGUGGCUUCCCAAAGCCAGCCUUCACAUGGUACGCACUGGAGCCAGAGUUAUGGAUCACCCCAAGGCCAGCUGGGGUAUGGCGGUCCUCAAGGGCUGCCACAUGCUUCUCAUUUGCCACAACACCAGGCAGAUUUUGGUAUGCCACAGGUCCAAAAUAACAAUGGGUUCCCUCGUGCGUAGCAACAAUCAUAUUUUGUAGCUUGUCAUGGGCAGACUGCUGUAAGCACAAUUGAAGGUGAAUCAAAGUUUGGUGGUUCACAUGGGCAACAAAGCAACGGCAAUUCUGAAGGUCCACCGCAUUUUGGUGCUCAAAUGGACCCAAACGUAGGUUCCUAUAGAUACAACCCUGGUUACAGGACGUCUUAUGGUCCGCAGGGAUUUGAUGCUCCCCAUGGUGAAAGUGAAACUGCUGCAUCCAAGGAUCAUACAGAGGCUACCCCUUCUGUAGAAUGGCAACGAGUAGCAUUCUGAAAACAAUCAUAAAAUGAAUUAGUGCUGUUCUGUACCGUGAAACCUUUCAAGUUGGACACUUCCAUUAUAUCAGCCAUCAAAUUCAAACUAUUUUCGUUAAUCAUCAGGUCUUUGUGGUGAAUAUGUUGGUUCCUGUUAUAGUUAUGUCAUAAUUGCUGCCAAUUCAGGCUUUACUUCUUUUUUUGUAAUGUGCACAAAGUGGUCAGCUUUCUGUUAUCUUUCUUUGCAUGCUAGAUUCCUUGGCUGUCUUGAGUUAGUUCUAUGUUUUUAUCACCUAAGAUACUUUGGAUGAAUUUCUCCAUUUAUUGAUGCAUCGUGUUUCCUAGAAGUGAUUUCUAUUCUAUAUGUUAAACAUAAUGGCUGGAAAAUAUCAGCACUCCGUAUUUCUGUGUUGCAUUGUUGUAGUAAUUAUUUCUUUGAGUUAUCGUGUAUGGUUUAUUAAUUGAAGCAUUCUGACCCUUUUCUCCUACCACUAGCAUAGAUCUAGAUGGUCAUUCCAUUUCAAUUUUGGACUUGCUGGUAAGACUGAAAGUAUAAAAGUAAAAUUUGCUGUGCUAGCUGCCUGUUUUAGGAUUAAUCUGUUUUAUGUAUUCUGUUGUGGCCGCACAUCUUUUUAGUAGUAAGGUGCCAAACUACAUACUAACAUGUUACAACUUUAUAUUUUGCUUUGUGUGUUAUUCAUCUUUGUGAUUGUUUUAAUUUUUUUUCUGCACCUUCUUGACAUGCUGGAGUUCAUUCCAUCUCAUGCUGCGGUCAGUUCUAGCAUGGUUUCUACUGGUAUCAAUAGCUGUUUGUUUUCUCAUAGCCUUCACCCUUUAUGAUUUUUUUAACUCAUUUGUAGGUCGUGUUUGACCAUGAUGGCAAGCUGUGCCCAGGAUAAUCUUUUAUUAAGUAUACACAUUCUGUUUAAUGUUUUAGUAUACGUGCAGUGUCUCUUGUUGAUCACUCUCUGCAGCAGACAGUUGCCACAUUUUUUAACUGAAUAAACACUGAAGCCUUGUCAUCAUAAUAUGAUGUUUGCAUUGUUCAGCUUAUAAAGCUUCAUAAUUGCACUAGACCUGCAUAUUGAUCUGCUGGAAGCUUUACCUUGCUAUCUGAUUUCUCGUUACCAUUCACGGAUAGUUUUUAUUCGACAUUGUUUUCAUCAAAGGUGAUUGACUAAAUUUGAAAAAAUAUAUAUGUUUUAUAGCUUUUUGGGGGGAUCUUGUUUUUCUUUUUUCUCCUUGACUUUCUUCUCAAAUCUGAACAUCCCUGGAGGAUUAGAUUGUGAGAUGGACCUAGUAUCUGUGCAAAUUUGAAGUGAUGUAUUUCCUUCAACUUCUGAAAGCAACAAAUAAGGUACCAAACUUUUCUUUUCAGGAAUUCCAUAUGGUCAUUAUACUGCCAUGCCAUCCAAAGAAUGUCACAUGGCAAAAGGUAACAGUGUAAGAUAUCUCAAAUUGACGGGAUCAUGGGAGAAGGUAAUUUGUGGCUGUCAAUUAGCAUCUUGGGGCAUCAAAGAUCUUGGACUGAUCCGCGAUCCAUGUAUUGUGUUCGCGAUGGCCUGGAGCCCUGACUUGCACAUAAUCCAUGUUUUGCUAUACUCUUCAUUCCUUGGUCAAGAAAGUGUCAGGUGUAGAGCCAGUACCAAUGUUUGGAUAAAAACAGAUUUUUAAUGUUGCAUAGCACUGACAACUUAUGUGGCGCAUAGUUUCUUGAUUCUGAAUUCUGAUUCUCUUUCCAAUUACCCUUUUCUCUACCAAAAUCACAGAGUAGUAUAUUUGAAGCAACAAACGUAUGAUUGGUCAAGGCCUCAAGGGUUUUCGAUGCUUAACUGUUGGAAAGAGAAUGUGUGUGAACAUAAGCAUUGAUGUUUGCAUGAGCGACUUGCCAGAAGGAAUGACCUUUCGUCAUAUGUUGUACCCUGCUUACAAGAGUAACCGCACCCCCAACAUCGGACACCGUUGUCCAGGGCAUGCGAUACUUGAAGGCAUCCAUUAAGGUUCCAGGUGUUGAAGCUGAUGAUGUUAUUGGUACCCUGGCUGUAAACAGUGUGUCAGCUGGUUACAAGGUACGGAUUGUCUCUCCUGAAAAGACUUCUUCCAAAUUUUGUCACCUUCUUUGCGUUUGCUCAGCAUUGCUCCACGUGGUUCAGGCCUUCAGGGAUGGUCUCAUUUGGAGUUGAAGAUUUCGUCAAGAGAUAUGGAGCACUGAAACCCUCGCAGUUUGUUGAUGUUGUCGCACUUUCAGGAGACAAAGCUGACGAUAUACCUGGAGUUGAGGGGAUCUGAGAUGUUAAUGCAGUGAAGCUGAUAACUAAGUUUGGUAUGUUUCUUACUUUCUU